GAUGAGUUUAUUCAGGUUCUACUGUUUAAAGAACGUCGUCAGGUAAACGGAUGAAACAUAUUUACAUAUGUGUAGUUAUGAGAGCUCAUUUCCACCAUUUUAAUCUUUCAUCUGUGAUUGACUGAAUUCAUUUGAUGAUUGAUAACACAGAAUAACCAUGACAACAGGGCCGAGCGACGAACACACUCAUGGACGGACGUCAGGACAAGUUACAGUUUAACCGGCGACCGCUGCUCGACACACACACACAACGUCCGUGACCCAUCGGUCCAGGACGUGUCUCAGCUCGACUCCUCUGGGUGAAGAGACGCCUCGCUCCGUCUGCCUGGACAUUUGAUAUGGAUCUCCCCCCGGAACGCAGUCACCAUGGCAACAGCCUCGUCAGCAUCCUCAGCAGGUGGAACCGUCAACGCGACGACAACGAGCGGAACGUGCUGGCGUUGAAUGUGCUGUUGCUUGGCGACAGGCAGAGUGGGAGGAGCUCUGUGGGGAAUGCUCUGAUUGGUGGACACGAGUUCCAGACAGACGCCUGCGUCUCUGGCGUUUCCGUGACGACAGAGUGCCAGGUCCUCAGACGAAAUUUCCCUGGAUACUUCCGGCGACAGGGGGCGGAGACUGACCUCACGCUGAGGGUGAUUGACACACCGGCGCCGCCGCCCCGCCCACUGAGUGUGCACGAGCUCUGCCCCGAGGGCGUGCACGUGCUCGUGCUCGUUGUGAGAGCUGACCGGUCGCACGACAACUCACAUCUGGAGAAAUACGUGGAGAGUCUCUUCGGUCCAGAGUGGCGUCGUCACGCCAUCCUCAUCCUCACACACUCUGACUACCUGGAGAAGGCGGGGCUUCGCCCCUCCGUCUACCUGACGCAGACCACCGAUUGGCUGGAGGCUCUGUCCAGCGAGGCGGCGGGCGGAGUCUUGUUCUUGGACAACAGCCGCGAUUGGCCGUUGAUCAGAGGACGACCGCUGAGAGAUGGAGUGCUCCGCCUCUCGGCCAGGAACCACCACAGAGCUGUGAAAGUCAGGACAGAGGUCUCACUCUGACCCUGAACCCUGGCGCAUCUGUGGUAGUCAUGUGAUUAUGAAAAAUAAUUAUAUGUUGAAAAAGAUGUUAUAUGAGUAACAUUCUUUUACAUACAAUACUCAAUAAAAUCCGUUCCAACCGAAA